GACGACGACGACGGUCGGCGGAUCUCUCCUCGGGCUCUAUUGGUCACUGUCCGCCCUGUGGGUUGAGACGCUCCUCGGAAUAUGGUACCCCGACUUCGACCACACCAAGCCGCCCGACAUGGUCGCCGACCUGCGGCCUGGCAGAUACGUCCCCUGGUGUGACGUGUCCCCGCGCAUCAAGUGCAGCACCACCCUGAUGUCGCCGUACAAUCGGCUCAUCGCCCACGCGGGUAUCACCGACCCCGCUGGGUGGCUCGACUUCGCCAACGGCAGCAUCGCGAUCCCCUUCUACUUUUGCCACGUCAUGCUCGUGGUCUGCGCCUUCUGCAGGCGAUGCGAGCGGAGGCAGAGGAGGAUGUAUUAUUACAGGCAUGAUGACGAGGAACUGGGCUGCCUGUGCUGCUCUUUCCACACCGGAAUGUUCUGUUUCACGGUGUUCAAGGCGAUCCUCACCCUCUUCCACGCUUAUAAGCAAUUCUUCUUUAUUCGGGAGGUGUCCAUCAUACAUUGUGGUCUGUAUGUGGCGAACUUGGCGCUCGUGCCAGUCGCAAACACCGUGGUCGCGAGCGAGCACGACGACAAGAAGAAGACGAGGUGA